ACGCGCAUCUUAGUCACUUUGACUUUCCCGUCAUACUCGCCUCCGAAUAAGACAAGCGCGUACACAAUUUACUGGAAAAACUGUGAUUUCGCGAUUCAAGAAUGGCGCCAGCUACUCCACUCGAACAAUCGAAGCUGGCGCUGAAAAUGUGUAGCAAGGCUGAUUUUGACCCCAGCGUGUAUUAGCCUACGGCUCGGCAAUCGCCAUGUUCAUUCGCUGUGCUUGCAGUUGCAGCGCAAGUUCGGAACGAAACAAAGCUCCGGAACGCGUUCAUCGUUGAUUCUCUUCCCUUGCCGUUGAGCAGUCCAGUCAGAACGUCGAGUCCGCUCGCGUGAGCAUUUUUUACCCCCAGCGAAAAAGUUUUCUCGCGUCUGAAAUCGCGUUUCGUGUUUUGACAGUGGUGUGAGGUCGGCGCUACCGCUCCGGCCCGCCGUUUGCGUUCGUGCUCUUGCGUCCAGCUCACGGGAAUUCUCGAGCCCGCCUGAUUGCCACUGACAAGUAAAAAGAGGAAAGAAAAAAUGCCGCCGCGACGGAAGCAGCACGACCCCGCUACCAACAAAAGUUUUGCGAAAGAGGAGGAUGAUUUCGACGAUUCAUCCGGUUCAGAUUUCGAUGAAGAUGACGAUCCUGAUAAAAUAGAAGUCCCUGGAGGAGGAAAAGAUUUAGAAACAGCCGUAACGUAUGCCAAAAACAGUAUAAAAAAUACCACAACCCUGGAUAAAUCAGCUGGAUCUACAAUGCAGUCGGACGGUACAAAUCUGUCAGCGCGAUCAGCUCCUAAAUUGCCAGCAGGUCUUGUCACCAAAACUGCUGGGCUGGAGGAUAUGACUUUUUUGGCUUCAGGUGCGAUGCCAUAUGGUAUGGGACCUAGUCAUAUGAUGAACAUGGGCUAUGCAGGAAUACCGAAUUAUUACCAGGCAAAUACAAUGGCAGCGUCAUUACUGCGGCGCAGACCAAUGAAUGCGACACCCGAAGAAGAAGAAGCAGAGGAUGAGGAAAUGGGUGUUGCGGAAACAUAUGCAGAAUAUUGGCCAGCAAAAUUGAAAUUGGGAAAGAAACAUCCAGAUCCUGUUGUCGAAACGGCCUCACUGUCAUCCGUAGAACCUACCGACGUACAUUAUAAAGUCUCUAUUCCAAGUGAAACUAUUAAUGGUGGUUUACUUAGCGCCUUACAGUUGGAAUCUAUAACGUACACUUCCCAAGCACAUGAUCAUUUGUUGCCGGAUGGAUCAAGAGCUGGAUUUUUAAUAGGUGACGGAGCCGGUGUUGGAAAAGGUCGUACCAUAGCUGGCAUAAUUUUUGAAAACUAUCUAAAAGGACGGAAGAAAUCAUUGUGGAUUUCAGUUUCGAAUGAUUUGAAAUACGAUGCUGAACGUGACUUACGUGACAUAGGAGCGGGCAAGAUUGAAGUGCACCCCUUAAAUAAGUUCAAAUAUGCCAAAAUAUCAUCGGAAAUAAAUAAUAACGUGAAGAAGGGUGUAAUAUUUAGUACCUAUUCAGCAUUAAUUGGCGAGUCGAACAACAAAAGUGGAAAAUAUAAGUCUCGUUUAAAGCAACUACUUCAGUGGUGCGGCGAGGACUUCGACGGUUGCAUCAUAUUUGAUGAAUGUCACAAAGCUAAAAAUCUCUGCCCGGUUGGAUCAGGAAAACCGACGAAAACGGGCUCCACAGUAUUAGAACUGCAGAACAAAUUACCGAAAGCGAGAGUUGUAUAUGCUUCGGCAACUGGAGCAUCGGAACCACGUAAUAUGGCUUAUAUGGUCCGAUUAGGAAUGUGGGGAACAGGCACCCCAUUUCAAACUUUUAACGAUUUUAUAACGGCUGUGGAGAAAAGGGGAGUAGGCGCCAUGGAAAUUGUAGCGAUGGACAUGAAAUUACGAGGAAUGUAUAUUGCACGACAGCUUAGUUUCCACGGAGUGACUUUUAAGAUUGAAGAAGUACCUUUGGCGGAUGAUUAAAAAGUUUACGAUACUUCAGUAGCUCUCUGGGUGGAGGCUAUGCAGAAAUUCACAGAAGCUGCGGAACUGAUCGAUGCCGAAAGUCGAAUGAAGAAGACAAUGUGGGGUCAAUUCUGGUCAGCUCAUCAGCGUUUCUUCAAAUAUCUUUGUAUAGCUGCGAAAGUAAACCAUGCGGUGACCGUGGCAAGAGAAGCAAUUAAAUAUGGAAAAUGUGUAGUCAUUGGUCUGCAAUCAACCGGAGAAGCCAGAACGUUGGAACAAUUAGAACGCGACGAGGGAGAACUGAGUGACUUUGUGUCAACAGCGAAAGGUGUUUUUCAGUCGCUGGUAGAAAAACAUUUUCCGGCACCAGAUCGAAAUCGAAUCAACAGACUAUUGGGAUUAGAUGCAAAGAAGACAACAUUACAGGAGAUAAUGGAAGAGGACUCUGCAGGAACGUCCAAACGGAAGUCUGUUCGGCAAGCGGCUAAACAACAGCGCGUUAAGCGCUCUCGAUAUGAUUCGGACAGUGAUGGUUCAAAUCGAAAUUCAGAAGAUUCCGAAUUCAAAUUAUCUGGUAGUGACAGUGAAGAAUCAGAGAACGAUUCAGAUAGUUGUCAAAGUAGUGACUUUAAUCCCUUCUAUUCCGGAUCAGAUAGUGAUGACGAUCCGUGGGUGAGUUCAAGGAAGAAAAAAAAGGUAAAACCCGAGAAGUCGCCACGAAAAAAACCAAAGACUACACAAGAUAAGAUCCAACAAUUGCUGACAAAGAAACAAGAACAAAAGCCUGGAGUGGCGCAAACAAAUGGCAUGCGCAUGCAACUGGGGCCACCACCUAAAGAUGCUAUCGAACGUGCGUGCACUAUGAAAGAGGAACUGCUGAGAAAGAUCGACCGUUUGGGCGAUAAAUUACCGCCAAAUACUUUAGAUCAGCUGAUCGAUGAAUUAGGAGGUCCCGAUAACGUUGCCGAGAUGACGGGAAGAAAAGGCAGGGUUGUGCAAACUGAAGACGGUUCUAUUCAGUACGAAUCGAGAUCUGAACAGGACGUGCCGUUGGAAACACUGAAUCUAACGGAGAAACAAAGAUUUAUGAAUGGCGAAAAAGAUGUUGCAAUAAUUUCAGAAGCAGCGUCGAGUGGUAUUUCGCUGCAAAGUGAUCGAAGAGUUAGAAAUCAACGCAGACGAGUGCAUAUCACUCUUGAACUACCAUGGUCAGCGGAUCGUGCAAUUCAACAAUUCGGGAGAACACAUCGAUCAAAUCAAGUGAACGCUCCUGAGUAUAUAUUUUUGAUCUCAGAUCUGGCUGGUGAGAGGCGUUUCGCAUCGACAGUAGCCAAGCGUUUAGAAUCGCUAGGAGCAUUGACACAUGGCGAUCGACGUGCAACUGAAACAAGAGACUUGUCGCAAUUCAACAUAGACAAUAAGUACGGUAGAGCUGCCCUUGAGGCGGUUAUGAAAACAAUUAUGGGUUAUGAAUCACCUAUAGUACCACCUCCGCAAGAUUACAAGGGCGACUUUUUGAAAGAUGUCGCUGGUGCUCUAGUCGGUGUGGGUUUAAUCGUGAAUAGUGAAGCUAUGCCAGGCGUUUUAAGCUUGGACAAAGAUUACAAUAAUAUCUCAAAGUUCCUAAAUAGAAUCUUAGGGAUGCCGGUUGAACUCCAGAAUCGUCUUUUUAAGUAUUUCACUGAUACGCUUAAUGCAAUAAUAACACAAGCCAAGAAGUUGGGCCGUUUCGAUCUAGGAAUCUUAGAUUUGGGAGCAGCAGGAGAGAAUGUAACGAGAGUGAAACUUAUGAAGUUCAUCAGGAAACAUGCAACAGGAAUUGCGCCAACAGAAUUACACACAGUUCAGGUGGAAAGAGGAAUGAUCUGGCAAGAAGCAAUGGAUAAAUAUGCAGACCUCAUUAGUGAAAAGGAAGGAUUCUAUCUAUCUCAUCAGAUUCGCAACAACAAGCAAACCGUGAUCCUUGCUGUUGAAAUCGAGUCCCCACAAAAGAAGAAGGCUGAUUCGAAAACAUCAAAGAAAGACAUGAUGUUCCAGGUCCAUCGACCCAAUACUGGUCUGCAGUUCCGUAACGAGUCUCUAGCCGAGUUGGAGAAAAAAUACAAGAAAGUGACAAGUGAAGAAGCAGAGCCACAUUGGAUCCAACAAUACGACGCUUCGGUGAAUACUUGUUCACACGCCUAUUGGAAUGGUAACUGUAGAAAUGUAAAUAUGGGACAAGACUGUGAGGUCGGACUGCGGCGCCGUACAUAUACUGUUUUAGCUGGUUCAGUUUUAUCUGUUUGGUCAAGAGUUGAAAACAUAUUAGCGAUGAAGUGCAGCGCAUCGAACAACAAGAUGCAAGUGAUACGAUUGAAAACCACCGAAGGUAUUAAGAUUGUAGGAACACUGAUACCGAAAAACUGUGUUGAUGCGCUUGUCGAAGACUUAAAAUCCGACGCAGAAAAGGUAGAAGAGCAAGUGUUUCCUAAGGCUUAAAUGUAGGAAUAGCAGGAGAGAAAACAGUACAGUUAUUAUAUAAAACAUAAGAACUAUCAAAUUAAUUCACGGAGGCAACGCUAAGCAGCCUCAAUUCAUAUUAAUGAUAAAAAGGAUCGAUAUUUACAUUUAGUUGUACUUGAUUUUAUUAAUGUUCAACGAUACUAGUAAGUUAGUGUGUAAGUGUUCAGUUUCGGCGUUUGAAUAGUGAAGAAAGAAAAAAUGAUAUUUUUAUCUAUUUUUCGGUUUCUCUGUUUGAUUACCUUCCACCUAAUUGAUUUGGUUCGUCCUUUAGUCACGCAUAUAAAGGGUUAUGUGAUUUAAUAUUCGUUUGGAGAGAACUUUUGUGUAUAGUGAGUAGUACUAUGUACGUGUGAAAAUUUUCUUGUUUUUAGCCCCCUCCUGUUUUAAUUCUUAUUUACGCCUUCAAUAUUGUGAUUUUUUUACAAGAAAAAUUCUUAAAGACGAUAAUUUUUAUAAAUAGAAUACGAAUAAGUAAUAUACAAGAUGGAACUGUAUUUUUAGUUGGUAAUAAAUAAUUAAAAUGCGACAUACAA